AUGCCAGAGCUAUUCAGUUCAAUGCCUUCCAGUCCACAGAUCCAUGUGCAAUAUCUCGCCCCAGGACAUAAACUCAUCACUCCAGAACAAUUCCACACAUCAAAUCCAGAGAGUAUUGGAGGAAAUCUGGCGAAAAUGUCACCAACGGUAGCAGUAAAAUGGGGACACCAUGCUUCUCUCAUCGAAGCCAAGAAUAUGUUGUAUGUGGCUGAAAAGACAUCAAUUCCCGUCCCAAAACUAUAUGCAGCAUAUGCAUACGGACCUAUAGACCGAGACCUUAAUGAUCAUGCGACCGUAUACGAUGUAUAUAUCUUUAUGGAGUUUAUCGAAGGCGAAGACUUAGGGAAGGCAUGGGAUAAACACACCUCCACCGAGAAACAAGCAAUCUCGGCGGACCUCAAGAAGCACAUGGACGAGCUGCGCUCUCUUCCGCCAGCUAAUUACAUCGGAUCUGUGGACGAAGGACCAGUCACUGAUAACAUGUUAGAAUGGUCUACGUCUUGUCGCGGUAUAUCAUCACGCCCAUACCAAGCCUUUGGUAGCGUAUUUCUAACUAGACGUGCAGGUCCGUUCAAAAGCAUAGAAGACUUCAAUGCUACAAUAAUAGACGCCUUUGUCACGAAGUCCAAAACCCAGAUUGGCCCUUACGCCCGCGGCAUGCUCAAUGCGCAUAAGCAUGGUAUCGUCUUCACCCAUGGGGAUCUCAGGCCUGACAACGUCAUCGUCAAAGAUGGUCGUGUGGCUGCAAUCAUCGACUGGGAAAUGUCAGGGUGGUACCCGGAAUAUUGGGAGUUCGCCAAGGCAUUCUACAUCGAGUGGUUCGUCAAUGAUUGGGGAUCGCAUUUACUAGGCGUUCUUGAACCUUAUUACUGUGAGCAGUUGAUGCAUGCCAGAUUGAUGGAGGUUUUGUGGUAG